UUUCUCUCUCGUGUGUGUAAUGCGAUGCGCGUAUAACAUUGUGCACGUCGCAGCGCGAAUUUCCGACCUGAACGCACCUUAUCUUAUCGCAAUAAACGGAAACUGCAUUAUAGCGAGACCUUGAGUUUAACGGCGCUCCACACGCGGGAUUUCGUAAACAAUUCGAAAAGCGUUCGCAUCCUCCAAUUGUAUUGUCGUCUCUUUUUGGUUAUACGAGAGCGGAAACAGACAUGGACGAAUUCAAUUUCGAAAACGAUCGCAAACUCUUCGAUUCUCUGGAGACAAUUUUAAGCUCUAAGGGCAAUUUCCACGAAUUCAUAGACGAUGUACCAAAUAUCCUCGUGACUGACAAUUUCGAACAAGGCUUUCAUAGCGAGGAAACGAACGGCGAUAAAAUCCAUACGCUUUUCAAUAAAUUUUCGACGUCGUCCGUUAUUUUAAAAGAUAACGCGAAAGAAAUGAUAACAUUGGAGUCAAAAUGCGAGGAGCUGAGCGUUCAAGUUGAACGUUUGAUGACAGAAAAGGAAACUGCGCAUGAAGAAAUAAGACGUUUGAAAGAUCAAAUAUUAAGUCAGAGUACCUAUUGCGCAACUCUCGGUGCAGUGUUAGGUAACUUGACAUGGCGUGCUUCUAGAUUUCCACAGACAAUCGAUGCCUGGUUAUCCUUUCAGAACGAACUAGGAGAAUUCUUGUCGAUAGCGGACGGAACUUUCAGCGCGUUUAAUAAUACUUACAAAACGUCACUCCCGCCGACUAGCAACGUCGAGUACAAGUUCGUAAUAGGACUUCUCGGUAUCGUCUCCAACUUGUCCGCGAGCCCGGAGGGUCGUGAAUUUUUAAUCACAAAUUCGAGCGGCAGGGAGUUAGUGCAGAAAAUAAUUCAACUGAUCCCGGAAUUACCGUCAGCUUCCGGAUCGUCGUCUUUGAAGAGAUUGAUGCUAAUGGUUCUGUAUAACGUGAGCAUAAAUAAGACCGGUUUGCAAUACCUGCUGGAAUCGCGAGUGGGAGACCCGUUGAGACAUUGCCUACGAGAUAAAUCGUCCAUGGAAGAAACACAAGUGCUUUGUCUUCGCGUUCUGCAGUCCGUCACUUACGAUCUUACGGAGCCGAAAUACAUUGAAGAUCUCAACGCGACCAUUCCGAUCGAUAUGAUCGAGACCAUGGCGUUGUCGAAGAGUGACAAUCUAAACAACGUCGCGAAACAAGUUAUCAAACACCUACGGAACUGUGAAAAAUAUCGUACAGUGAUGUCGCAAAACGUAUGACGUAAAUUUCAACGUACUUUUUGCAAACGCGCGGCUUACACGUCUUGAGAAAUGUGAAACGAGAUAUAUACCACAUAAUAUUAUAUUCAGCUUCCUAAUGUAAGCGACUAGAUAAACGACGCAAGUACGCGUGGAUUCUUAUACUAAAUUCCAGUCUAAUUUCGGUUCGAUUGGAUACCGAAUAUCCGUGAUUGAGAUUGCGCCAAGUGUUCGCGCUAUUCGAUGCCCUACUCCGUGCUAAACUUUUAGCAAGUUGCACUUCGCUAUCAUAGCACAGACAAUAAUAGACUAUUGCCAGACUAUACAGACUAUCCUUGGAACACAUGUUCGUGGCUAGCACGGGGGGUUGUCGACUAUCGAUCUGCAAAGAGCAGGAAUAAAAUGAAGCGAUUGUGCAUAGGAUACGUGCCAGUAUGUAAUGGCGAGUCGUUGUUUUAAGAGUUAUAAGAGUAUUAUUCUCGCGGCACACGUGCCAACGAUGAUGAAUUAAUGUCACACGACAAUGGCGAGAUGAGAAGAUGAGUCAUUAAGCCGGUCGACAGCGACAAAUCGUAAUAACAAUUCCGGGCGAUUGUAUCUGAUUGCAUUUAUAACGGUGCAGUUGCGAUCCACCUGAACUUAUCGGCUUUGACAAUUAAUGCACUCGAGAUUUUCCGAGCUACCCUUCGCAACGAAUUAUUCACGAGGGAAAGCGAGACACGUCAGUUGCACCCAGCUGGCCCAGCGGUUAUACCGAGAUAAUGACCGGCCGUUCCAAAUAAAACUUUGCGUGCGCCUCCGUAGAUGUUCGAUAAUACCUCGCGAUACCAUCGUACGCAAUUACCGUAAUUUAAAUAUCUUACAUGCGAGCCUUGCUGUCCUUUUAUGUGUAAAUUUACAACAAAUUUUGAAUGUAAAUUUUUUCUUUUACAUUAUACAGCGUACAAGGGUAUAUUUCGCGUUAAAAAUGUCUGACAGAAAAAGUGAUAAAAAAUCAUACGUUUUUCUCGCAGUGAACGAAGAACGAAACGAAAUGUGUUGUACUUUUUAGUAGAUUUCUAUAUAACAGGCGUCGCCCUCUCUCUCUC